CUGUGUCAGCGACUGGUAGAGGCCACUACGUGAAGCGGAUUCGUUACCAUGGCAAAGGCAUGUUUGGCAUCAUGAAAAUCUCCAGGUGCCAUUACUUUGUAAAGUUGGUGGAAGGUCCUCCUCCUCCUCCAGAGCCACCAAGGACUGGUUUUGACCAAGCAAAAGAAUACGUGCAGCAGCUGCGGAAUAGAACCCUUGUUAAUACACUGUGA